AUGGCCAAACCUCUCCCUAUUCAUGCCGACUUGAUCGACUGCAACUACGCUGUCGCAGGGCAUGACGGCACUCUUUCCGAUAUUGAUGGCGAACUGUUUAUCAAACCUUGCACCGACACCGAGAUCGCAUUCUACAACGACACUAUAGCAGGGCACCCAGACUUUUACGAUUUUAUGCCCGAAUUUCUCGGAACUUUGCAACUGGAUCAGAACCAGAAUAAAUCAUUUGAAGAAAAGGCGACUGAGUUGAUUGCGCAGCAUGCCAAACCUGAAGUUUCAUACCCUGGCAGGACUAAUGGCAAGAGAAUUACUACCAAUCAAGCCGUGGUUCUUAUGAAUGCAUCGCACGGUUUCGUGAAGCCCAAUAUUCUCGACGUCAAGCUUGGUGUACGGCUAUGGGCAGAUGAUGCCCAUCAAGAGAAAAAAAAGAGGUUUGACAAAGUUACGCAACAAACCACACACAAAGACCUUGGCUUUCGCAUCGCAGGUAUGAGAGUAUGGCAGGGACCCGAUGCGAAAGGCGAUGAUAUAGACGAGGAUGGCUAUAGAAUAUAUAAUAAAGAUUACGGCAGGUUCGAAUUAAAUAAUAGCAACGUUCACGAAGCAUUUAAGAAUUUCAUCUUCACAGAAUCCGCUGGUAUCGACAACGAGUUAGGAAGAUUAAUAUCUCAGGUUUUUCUCUCAGAUUUGAGAAGAAUACAGGAUGCCUUGGAAAGUCAAGAGAGCAGAAUGUACUCUGCUAGUCUUCUCUUCGUUUUUGAGGGCGAUGGAAAAGCAUUACGCGCUGCAAUGGAAGAAGCUAGCAGGACCCCACCUCCGACCACUAUGGAACAUGCUUCAUCAUCAUCCGGAGAGACUCACUCAUCUUUUGAAGAUGACGAGGAGGAUGAAGAUUUAGAAGAGGAAUCCUUUCCCAAAAUCUAUUCUCUAAAGGUCAUAGACUUUGCUCAUGCUACAUGGACUCCUGGCUUAGGACCGGAUGAAAACUCUCUUGUGGGAGUACGUAGCGUGGGCGAAAUUCUGGAGAAGCUGGCGGAGUCGUAA